GAACAUAUUUGGUGUAAUUCAGCAGGCUGAGCUCUGUUUUGUGUGUACAGUGUGAGAGAGGGGUUCCAGGGACUACAUGAUCUCUGGACAUCAGCUGUCUCAGACUCUGUAUCCAAUAACAAAAAAAAAAAAAAACUAUUAGGGAGAAAAGGAAAAACUUUUUCAAUCAUUCUUGCAGCUGAUGGAACAGAGUGUAUUGUAUGCCAGUGAAUCAGAGGCAUGAAUAGAUAAAGCACAAACCCAAGUGAUAUAUGAACAGCUCAUCCUGUCAAAGUUUAAAGCAGAUAUAGGAGACUUGAUCAGAUAAUUGAGUUGAUCGGCUGUAAACCUUUGCCCAGCUUAGUUAAUGGUUCACAAGUACGACCCUCUUGCAUGCUCACCUGACCUAAGAUAUAAAGGAGUGAAAAUCCCUGUCUCAGUCUGAUCCACUUUCACCCAGCAAAAUGGCAAAGGGGUUUUAUGUCAGCAAGCUCAUAGCAGUUGUUGGUAUAAUAUUUUGUGUGGCUGCUGUGUCUACAAUAAUAGCUCUUGCAGUUGUUUAUUCACAAGAAAAAGCCAAGAAUAAUGAGAACGAACAGCCACCAGUUGGAACCACUACAAGUCCAACCACUACACAUUCAACGGUUGGUACUGGUUCUACAUUGUCUCAUGCAACCACUACCCCUGUGGGUAAUGAAAUUUGGCACAAAAUUAGACUUCCAACAUCGCUGGUACCACAUCACUAUGAUAUUGAGCUGAAACCUUACCUAGAGAAGAAUUCAGAAGGACUCUACAUCUUUGAAGGCAAAAGCACUGUCUUCUUCUUGUGCAAAGAAGCCACCAACCUUGUAGUGAUUCACAGCAACAAACUCAAUUAUACCCUACAGUCUAGGUUCCAUGCUGUCCUUAAGAAUGAAGAAACGGGCUCAAAUGUCCCUCUAAUAAGGACAUUUCUUGAGGUGCCAACACAGUAUUUGGUUGUACAGGUGGAUGGAAACUUGCAGCCUGGCAAAAACUAUUCUCUUCACACUGUGUUUAAAGGGGAGCUGGCAGAUGACCUGGCUGGAUUCUACAGGAGCGAAUACGUGGAAGACGGUGUAACAAAGAUCAUCGCUACAACCCAGAUGCAGGCUCCUGAUGCAAGAAAAUCUUUCCCCUGCUUUGAUGAGCCAGCAAUGAAAGCCACCUUCAGCAUCACCUUGAUACACAAGUCAGAAUAUAAGGCAAUAUCAAACAUGCCAGCAAUCAGUAGUACAAAUGUUGUUGAAGGUGGACAAACAUGGAAUAUUACAGCGUUUGAAAAAACGCCAAAGAUGUCCACAUACCUUUUGGCAUUUAUUGUUUCUGACUUUGACUAUAUUGAAGCUCCUAACAAUGGCAGUCAGGUUCAGGUUCAAAUCUGGGGACGCAAAAAAGUUAUUAAGGAUCAAGGACAAUAUGCAUUAAAUGUCACAAGACCAAUUCUGCAAUUCUUUGAAGACUACUAUAAAACAAAAUACCCUUUACCAAAAUCAGAUCAGAUAGCCCUGCCAGAUUUUAGUGCCGGAGCUAUGGAGAACUGGGGUCUGGUGACAUACAGGGAAACUGCUCUGCUAUUUGAUGAGUUAGAAUCAUCCAUUGGCAACAAGGAGAGAGUGGUCACAGUGAUAGCCCAUGAACUUGCUCAUCAGUGGUUUGGAAACCUUGUGACUGUAAGGUGGUGGAAUGACCUCUGGCUGAACGAAGGGUUUGCUUCCUACGUAGAAUACUUGGGAGCUGACUACGCAGAGCCCACUUGGAACAUUAAAGACUUAAUAGUGCUCAAUGACGUCCACAGAGUAAUGGCUGUUGAUGCUCUGACGUCAUCCCAUCCACUCACAUCAAGAGAAGAUGAAGUGAACACUCCAGCUGAAAUAAGUGAACUGUUUGACUCCAUCGCUUACAGCAAGGGUGCUUCAGUCAUUCGGAUGUUGUCUGAAUUUCUCACAGAGGAUAUUUUUGUCAAAGGACUGGCGAAAUACCUAAACGCUUUUGCAUACGAUAACACCGUGUACAGUGAUUUGUGGUUUCAUUUGCAAAAUGCUGUAGAUGAAGAGCCCUCACUGACACUUCCACUUAAAGUCAGCGAGAUCAUGGACACAUGGGUGUUACAGAUGGGCUUCCCAGUUGUUACAAUAGAUACAACAACUGGAAAUAUAAACCAGAAACAUUUCCUUUUGGAUCCAGAUGCAGUUGUUACUCGUCCAUCACCUUAUAAUUACGUAUGGAAAGUGCCAGUUUCCUAUACAAUAAAUAACUCCCCUUCAACGGAUUACUGGCUUCUGAAUGCUGCAGCCUCAAACAGCCAAUUUAGGACUUCUGGAAACGAUUGGCUGAUUGCAAACAUCAAUGUAACUGGGUACUUCAGGGUUAAUUAUGAUGAUGGCAACUGGAACAAGAUUCUAACUGCCCUGCAGGACAACCCUGAUGUGAUUCCCCUUAGUAACCGGGCGCAGAUUAUAGAUGAUGCCUUUAAUUUAGCAAGGGCAAAAUAUAUAAGCACCACCAGGGCACUGGAUACCACAAAAUUCCUUUCAAAGGAAGUGGAAUACAUGCCCUGGCAGGCAGCUCUGGGCAGCUUAAGUUACUUUCUACAGAUGUUUGAUCGCACUGAAGUUUAUGGACCUAUGAAGAAUUACAUGAGGCAACAAGUCACACCGUUGUUUGAAUAUUUUAAAGUUCAAACCAGUAACUGGACAGUGCGGCCACACACGUUAACAGAACAAUACAAUGAAAUUAAUGCAGUUAGCACUGCAUGUGGUUAUGGUGUUGCCGAAUGUGGACAAUUAGCUGCUAAUCUUUUAAAAAAUUGGAUGAACACUGGUGUGAAUGGUAUUCAUCCAAAUUUGAGAACCACUAUAUACUGCAAUGCAAUAGCCCAAGGGGGAGAAGAAGAAUGGAACUUUAUCUGGGAACAGUUCAAUAAAACAGAUAAUGCCCAAGAAGCAGAUAAACUUAGAGCAGGUCUGGCCUGUGGUAAGGAACCAUGGAUACUCAACAGGUUGUUGGAAUACUCUUUGGAUUCUAACAAGAUUCGCAAACAAGAUACUGUUUCUACUAUUACUAAUAUUGCCAAUAAUGUGAUUGGGCAGAGCCUUGCUUGGGACUUUGUGAGAGCUAACUGGAAGACAAUCUUUGAGAAUUUUGGAGGGUCCUCAUUCUCCUUUGGUAACUUGAUUCAAGGUGUAAGUAGAAGAUUCUCCACUGAUUUUGAUCUCCAACAACUGGAACAGUUUAAACUAGACAACCAGGAUAUUGGUUUUGGAACGGCUACACGGUCCCUGGAGCAAGCCAUAGAGAAAACCAAAGCUAACAUUAGAUGGGUAAAGGAGAACAAAGAAUCAGUGCUCAAGUGGUUCAAUGACGCAAUAAAAAACCCUUGAAUGUCUCUGCCCAGCACUUGUGAUCAACACCACGAACACACCACCUCUGCCUUAAUAGCAACUGCAUCUAACUCACAAUGUGGUGUUAGGUUACAUUCCAAACCAGAGCCGUGCCUUGUGUCCUGAGGUGCCACUGGGGACUAUACACAUUGCUCACUGCAACACUUUGCAUUUUAUGGAUUCCAUCUUUACAUGUUUCAAUAUAAAAUAAACCAUUACAAGCUGAACAUACAUAGUUUAGCAUCCUGAGCAAUGCAUGGAUGACCUUUCUGAAUAAACAGAGAAGCUUCUCUAUAUGACUCAGGGUUUAAAAAAGGAACAUCACAUAAAAAAUAACUUAAUCAUUGUAUUUAUAUAUAUUUUUUCAAUCUUGCUGUAAAUAAUAUUUAGAAUUUUCUUAAAUGUUUAAAUUAAGACAAAAAAUACAUUUAAAUGCAAUCAGUGCACAUAUUUUCUUUGAAUAAAAGUGUAAGAAUAAAAUGUAUUAAAUAAAUUAUUAUUUCUUCAA